AAUGCUCGAGAUGUAAACACAUAGAAACUGUGCCGGGGUGGGGGGCGCCAUGGAGAACCCCGCGAUUGCUUUGAACGAAAAUAUGCAGAGGUUCGAAACGGAAGACAAGGAGGCCUUUCUCGAAUUUCGGUUCAUAUGCCCCGUCGCGGCCACCGCCACCGGCGGCGAAGAAUUGUCGUCUGAGGUGGAAGAGGAAAAGAGGGAAAAGGUAGUGAUGGACAUGUUGCACACCUACGUGCCAAGGAACAAAAGAGGGAUGGGUGUCGCCAAACAUCUCUGCGUUGCCGCCUUCUCCUAUGCUCAGACCCACUCCAUGCUCGUCAUCCCCACGUGCUCCUACAUUUCCGAUACUUUUCUUCCACGGAAUCCUUCUUGGCGCGCUCUUGUUUACAAUGAAGAGCUUAAAUCUUCCAUGUGAAGUAAGCGUAGCCUGCUCUGCUUGUGAGAUUUCUAUUUUAUUUAUAGCAGCAUGGGAAAAUUUUUUUACUAUUAUUUAUUGAAUCAUGGCGGCUGAAAAAAAAAAAGGAAUACUAAAAGAACUUUUGUACCGUUAGUUUCUUAUUGAUCUUGAAACAAUGUGUGUUUAAUGCUCACUUGUUUGCUACCCAUGCUUAUGUCUGAUGAUACUUUUAUUAUUUUAUAUAUUUCAAUAAUGUCGGG